CUCAUGUGUGUGUCUGUCAGUACGAUUCAGUAUAUGUUCGCUUCCUUUCACUACGGGCACCGUUGAAAUGAGCAGGGCCGUGAAAAUCGGCGUACRUUUAUGGAGGACACCACGGCAACGUCCGCGCAYGGUGAUGAUUUCUCAGGGUUCAUACCUCAUCCCGUGACUGGGUUCGGAGAUUGCAGGCCAUUGCUCGUGUUGGACGGGGCUCAUAUCCGAGGGAAGUAUGAGUGUUGCCUUCUCGGCGCCACUGGACGAGACGCGAAUGGUCAGUGUUUCCCCRUUGCUUAUGCAAUUGUCGACACCGAGAGCAAGAACAAUUGGAAGUGGUUUUUGGUUCUUCUAAAUCGCGUCUGUACCAUUGCCGAAGUGCCUCAUGAGUCCAUCACGAUUAUGUCCGAUCGCGACAAAGGACCCGUUCCCGCGGUGAGCGAAGAGUUCGGGGAUCACCGACAUGCGUAUUGUGUCCGUCAUGUCACCGGUAACCUUUUGAAGAGUUUAAGGAUCAACAAUGACCAGGCGGACAUGCUCCUCGAAGCUGCACGAAGCACGAGCGAGCCGGUGUUCAACUAUUACAUGCAGCGGCUUGCUGAUUUCUCAAAAGACAAAAACAUACUGCAAAAGAUCUUCGAGAAAGCUGACAAGAGGCAUUGGGGAGGGCCUCAUUUUCUCCACGGAGAUGUCACCCCUGCUCGUGUCGGCGCAACCCGGCUUCGUGGUCACGAGCGGUUCGGGGACGAGCACGAUAAUCUCGGCGUUUAUGUUGGUGAUGUUAUCGACGACAUCGGCCUCGACCCGGCAGUGCACGAGCAUGACGGAUUAUUCGAGGACGACAAAAUGGCUGUGGAGGAAAGCGACACCGACACAGAGGUUGACAAUGGGGAUGGGAGACACGGUCGACGGCGGGACAAGGAGAAUGAUGGAGGCGAGGAGGGAGUGAUGGGAGAUGGGGGCAACGACGAGGAAGGGGAGGAUAAGGACAACACGGAGAGGGAGAAUGAUGACGAGGAACGAGAGGACGAGGACGGUGAAGACAAGGACAUGGACGACGCGGAAGAUGAUGAGGACAAUGAAGACGAGGAUAAGGCGGAGGAACAAGAGGAGGGGGGCAACAACGACGGGAGAGGAGCGGAGGAAGACGAGGAGGAUGACCAUGAAGAGGAGGAGAAAGGAGAGGACGACGAAGGAGUGGGUGAAGAGAAUAAGGCAGGGGAUGCGGAGCGGAAUGAAGAGAGCACGGACAACGUUAACACGGGGGCAGAGGAUACCCGAGCAGGGAGUAAGGCGGACUGUGAUGAAAAAGGGGAAGACAAGGUCGGUGAGGCGGAAGUGGUGGACCUCUGUGCGGAGGACGAGGACAACGACGAUAAUGAAGACGAGGAGCUGUCAGAAACGGAGAAGGAGUUGAAUGGUCAGGAAUGGAGCAGGGGCAAAGAGCGGAAAGAGGCGGCAUGUGAGGCACAAGCAUCUGCUGAACSGCGACCGCRGCGUCACAGAAGACCCAGUAGUCGAUACGAGGGUGCGAGGAACCUUCUACACAACUUGGGCAAAGGCGCACGAGCAAGGCGUUGAAAAUUGUGUUGAUGAGACGUCGAGAAUUAUGGUGACAUAUUGAACAACGGGCGUUCGUGGCAGGUGAAUCUAUCUGUCACAUUGUGUGUGUGUGUGUGUGUGUGUGUGUGUGUGUGUGUGUGUGUGUGUGUGUGUGUGUGUGUGUGUGUUUGUGUCAGUGUUUGUGUCUGUGUCUGUGUCUAUGUGAGUGUGUCACAUAGAUCGGUGAUGACCCGUCAAAACACGGACUGGGUCCGCAAUGAUAUAAGUCCUUGGUUCCCAUAAGUGCUUAGAAUUAUGACGUGACCCGUUAGAGUUUGAUUUUCUGUCAAGUGCUUCSCAAUGACUAAUAAACUGUGUUUGAUUGU